AUGAGCAUUACUUAUUCAGUGUUAACAAAACCUGGUGCCGAUGAAGUUGAAGAUGUGCCUGAAAAAUUCCGUGAAGAAAUUAUUUCUGAAGUUCAUGCUGAAAUUUGUGUGGUAGUAAAAUUUGUAGUAAAAGUGUUAAAAGAAACUUUAAGACGAGACUCAACAUCUUCUCAAUCAAGCGGAACUAUUCUAGUUACUGAAUUUAAUCAUCAAGAUAUGGAACUGGAUGGGAGUGAAGAAACAGAGCGACGAGUUAUUGAAUCAACUACUAAAACUUCAAUUCCGCAAAAGCAUUCCUAUGAACAUUCUCUCCGUCCUGGGUAUGAAAAUAAACUACAUAUGUUAGAACAUGUCACCAAUUAUUGCGAUUAUGAAUAUUAG